CCCGUCUGCAUAAUGAUAAUAAGUUCUAUCCCAAUUAGACAGUGACCUCCACCAUUCGUCCAACAAAUGAAGCUUACAUAUAUAGUUUAUAUAACAACCCACGGUGCCAAAGAGCAAGCCAUAGAAAUCCCAGUCAACAGUACUUUCAGGAUCAUAAAAUGGGUGGUACUGGUUCAUCUUCAAUGAUGAACAGCUUGCUGAUUUACUCCUGGCUCUGCCUGAUGCUGAGUUUAGUGCCCUUCUCGAUCUUCUUCGUUGCUUUGCAGAGCAGACCAAGGAUUGUUGAAGGGACGGUGUUCAUCAAUGGAAGCUCGAGAAUCGGGAGGACAGAUGCAGACUUCAUAUGUGCAACUCUCGACUGGUGGCCUCCUGAGAAAUGUGACUAUGGAACUUGUAGCUGGGGAACAACUUCUCUUCUUAACCUGGACCUUACCAACCCUCUAUUACUCAAUGCCAUCAAAGCCUUCUCUCCUCUGAAGAUUAGACUGGGGGGUACCCUACAAAAUAAGGUAAUAUACGAGACUCAACAACAGGCUUGCACUGCUUCAUUCAUCAAGAGCUCCUCAGAAAUGUUUGGCUUCUCCCAGGGCUGCUUGGCCUUGUCAAGAUGGGACGAACUCAACACUUUCUUCAGGGAAGCUGGGUACAUUUGGACAUGCAGGGCGGAAGUUAUAUUCGGGUUAAAUGCUCUGAAUGGCAGGACAAUAGCUUCUGACGGUUCUGCAAAAGGAGCUUGGAACUCUAGCAAUGCGGAGGCCCUGAUAAGAUACACCGUGAAUAAAAACUUCACCAUUUUCGGGUGGGAGCUCGGGAAUGAGCUGAGUGGGAGCGGAAUUGGAACGAGUGUGGCUCCAGACCAGUACGCGUCUGAUAUAACCAAUCUGCACGACAUCGUGAGGAAAACUUAUGCAAGUUUGGGGAAGAGGAAGAAGAAGCCACUAGUUUUGGCGCCUGGAGGGUUCUACGACGCGAACUGGCUCACAGAGUUCAUAAACAAAACACCUAAAAACUCCCUUCAGGUUGUCACUCAUCAUAUUUAUAACCUAGGACCAGGUGAUGAUACUCACUUGAUAGACAGGAUUCUGGAUCCAUCGUAUCUUGACGGUGGUUCAUCACCUUUCAGUGGACUGCAAGGGAUUUUGAAGAGCAGCGGGAGUUCAGCUGUCGCUUGGGUUGGUGAGGCCGGUGGUGCUUACAACAGCGGCCAUAAUCUAGUCACGAAUGCAUUCGUGUUCAGUUUCUGGUACCUGGAUCAGCUUGGAAUGGCGUCAUCCUACAACACGAAAACUUACUGUCGACAGUCGCUGGUCGGAGGGAAUUAUGGCCUGCUCAACCCUACCACCUUUGUUCCAAACCCAGAUUACUACAGUGCACUGCUAUGGCAUCGUUUGAUGGGAACAAAGGUGCUAUCCACUAGUUUCUCUGGAACCAAGAAAAUACGUGCUUAUGCUCACUGUUCAAAGAAAUCUGUAAGUGAAGACCCUGAAACUAAAUGUAGCUACUGGAAAAUUCAUGAAUGCAGCAAGGAAUCACAAUACUUUUGAUCAACCUCGACGGUAACACGAUAGCUAAUGUGCAUGUUUCGACUGAAAAUGCCAUCACUAUUCAGACAGCUCAGCAACACCACCAGAAUCGAAGAUCAGAAUUCGCUAGGAUGGCAAAAGGUUCCAAAGUUAAUGCACAUGUAAGGGAAGAAUAUCACUUGACCGCUGGUGGUGAUGAUUUACACAGUCAGACAGUACUUUUGAAUGGGAAAGUACUUGCUGUGAAUAAUACAUCUGGAUCUAUACCUUCUAUGGAACCGGUUGAGGCCAGACUUUCGGACCCAAUAACCAUUGCUCCAUUCUCUAUUGUGUUUGCGCACAUUGCCAAUGUAACCGUUCCAGCCUGUAUGUCUAACAGUUGAACAAGAAUGAAAACUGUUCAGUCUAACAGUUGUAUCUCUUCCUGAAAUGCCAAUUUAAAGCCUGG